GCGCCUCGGGGGUCCGCAGACCAAAAAGUUCCUUAUCGAUAUUACUAGCGCGGCGCUAGCCGUCACUCAGAGGAGUCUCGCGACUGACUCUACUGUUUAUAUCCACCAUGUCUAGGUAGCGGCCGACCCUUUACUUUUACAUCCAUGAAGCCUCCGAAACUGCGAUCAUGUUCAUACUUACCACGAUUCAAGACUUGAUACAGAUCAAGCCGCAAGACUUUGAGAAGCCUAGCGCACAAGCCAUCAAAGAUGUAGUCAACGACAAAUACAGCAAUAGGAUAGUUCCCGGCAUUGGUCUUUGCCUCUGUAUGUGGGACCUCGUUUCAGCGACCGAGGGCUUGAUCGGUCACGGGACAGGUCUUGUUAAUGUGAACAUCGAAUUCCGCAUGACCGUCUUCCGUCCUUUCCGCGGCGAAAUUCUUUAUGGACGGAUAAAGUCUUCCAACGAAGAAGGCAUCAUCAUUGACCUGGAAUUCACGUCAGAAGUCUUUGUCCCCUAUCAAAACCUACCAGAAAACUCGUCCUUCUCCAAAGCUGAGAUGGUCUGGAUCUGGAACUCUGAAGGCACUGAAUUGUUCUUCGACAAGGGCGAGCCAGUUCUAUUCAGGGUAGAGCAUGAGGAAUGGUAUGAUCAGAGGCCGACUAUUGUCGAAAAGGAUGAGAAGGGUGAGAUCAUUGAAGAGAGACCGACAGCUUGGAAGAUCAUUGGCUCGAUGGGCCAACCUGGUCUCGGGCCAACACUCUGGUGGGCCGAAGGUGGAGAAGAGGAAGAGGGCGAAGAAGGUGAUGUUGAGAUGGAGGGCGCCGAGGAAUGAUGCCUUCCAGCCAGACAUCGAAUGCUGCAUUUUAAGGCUGAAAUCAUAGCUGCCUCAAAAAUGCAGUCUGAUUUUGGAUUACCGAGCUUCCACAUCCGAAGCAUGGUUACCAACAUUCAUAGGAAGGCUCCACACUCAACAACCAUCUAUUGCAGAACCAAGGUCAACUUUCGGUGGCCUCUUUUGAUACAUUCCGUAAGACUCCUGAAAUCGACUUUGCUAAGAGGCUGGAUCGGUGACAUCAUCACCUCGCUUAGCGCCUUUGCGUCUUCAC